GGUGACUGCUGACGAGCAGCUCGAAGCCAUUUUCAAGUCGUCCCUAGAAGGCUAAACUGCCGAGUUGUCGAAUGGCCAGACAGUGGACUCUUCCGUUUUGUCAAUUGUGGACGAAGUGACCUGUUCCGACAAAGACGAUGUGCCGCUUGCAAUGUCCAGACUCAAUGAAACGAGGAAGAGGACGCUAGUCAAACGCCCAAUGACUGAAUCGCGACGGAAACUACAGAAAAUAUACGACAAAGAAUUUCGGUUGAGAAAGGAACGGAGAAAGAAGACAAUGGCGGACGACUUCAUGGCAUGACUAAAACUUCUCGAUUUGAUGCUAAAAACUCAGAUUGAGAAGACCAGGAAGAUCACGUUAACCCGAAGACUGAUGAAUUUCGGUAAGAACGAGGAGGACACUUUGGUCUGCAAUAGCUACGCCCAGGAGGGGCACAAACAACUACUGCAAAACCAUGCAGCGAUGAACUUCAUCGAUUUUUGGGAUUUGUCUUGGAAGCAGAGCAAGGCUGAGUAUGGCAGUUAUUUCCUCAAGCAAUGGGCAACACGGAUCGAUCUACUCAUCGAAAACUUGAUUACUAUCGGGAAGAAGCUGGCAGAGGAAACGGUUGAGCUCGAGGUUUGUAUCACUCAAAAGCCGAAAGGAGUGUGGAAUUAGUUUUUAUCUGUAGUAUCUCAAGUAAAAAACCGAU